UAUAUUCUUUGUAAUCAAGUUAUCUACCAGCUGUAUCAGUCCGCAUUCAAUUCAGCAGUUAGCAGAAUAAUAUUGUAGGUUGAAUUUAUACGAACACGAACUUCAUUUGAUUUUGAGGUUAUCUUUUUUCGUCAUCUUGCCUGUAAGUGAUGAUGUCGCUGGAACGUAUCCAGGAUCAAAUUGGAUAUCUUGUGUUGAACGAAGAUGGUGCUGUUAUUGCUUCUGGUGGAGAACUCGAAAACUCAGAACAUGUGGCCAACAUCGUAACAGAUCUCAUCUCUCUUGCCGACAACAUUCUUCCUAAUGAAGAUGGCUACAAGAGAAUUUCAGUCACGUAUCCAAACUUCAGCUACGUGAUAUGUCUGUCCAACAAGAAGUUGUACGUCUUAAAGAAACGUCAUGCGUGGACCCCUCGUUCACCCCCUACACCUCCUCCUCCCACCAUCCUCGAGAUUGUUGAUGAGGAUGCUACAGCUGUCAAUGCUUGAUACCCCACCAACCCUGUCAUCCUACUAUACUACAUUGUCUUUAUUAUAUUUAAUUACUUGUAAACUAUAAUAUUACGAUGAAAUUAUUUUUGUAUAUUAAACUUGUAUAUAUAUUAUAUUAUAUAUUAAUA